CUCUAUUCAUAUUAGUGACGAAGUCUUAACACAUCGGCUGCGACAAACAAAUAAUUGAUCCCAGAAAUACUCCUUUUGGAGUCAACCAAAGCUACGACAGUCGAGUGGCGGACGAACUACGCAGAAGUCUAUCGAAGACCAGGAACCUUUACCUCACAGUCAAGAAGCGAGCAUAAAGAAGUAAAAUUGGUCUAUACUAGCUCGCAAAAACGAUAUUGGCUAUAUUGGAAAAGUAUUCUAACUAGGUGAUUACCGGAAUAUAUGACACUAAAAGAGAAAGAGGAAAAUAAUGAAUACUUAUCUACCGAAAAAAGUCACUGAAAAAAACCGAAACUUGAAUGUUUACCUUCUAUAUUCAUAGUGCUGGUUUUACUUUCCAAGCUUUGUUUAAAGCUCUCAUUUAGCUUGCACUUAUCAGCAUCAUAUUUCAAUCAAAAAGAAUUUACCGUGUGAGAGGUUUCGUACUCUCUAGUAUUUCAAAUAUUGGUAAGGUUGUAAUACUGACAUGCUCAUAAAUUUUUACAGAAUAAAUUGAUUCAGUAAGAAAUUUAUGUCGUAUUUUCACAGAUAUGACAAAUACCUGUAGCGCUUAAUAUUUAUCUAUAUUAAUGUAGUUGUCUCACUAUGCAUGUAAACCAUUUGUACCUAAGGUCUUUCUAUAAAUACGUUUUUUACAGUUAAUUUUGGAUAACCAUGACCUUUCUUAAAUGGAAAGAAGGCAAUGGGAAGAAAACAUUAAGUCUUGUAAAUCGACCAGAUUGUACAAUCUACACGUGUAGAUCUACACGAGCUUGUCACUUGACAGGAUUCUGGAGACAGUAUGGAUAAUCUCCUGCCUAGAGGUGAUCCUCGAGUAGAAAAUUGGCCAUUAAUGAAUAGUCCAAUGCCUGUGUUGCUAAUUCUUUCGUUAUAUUGGGCUUUUGUUUUUUGGCUUGGUCCAAAAAUUAUGAAAAAUCAGUCGUCAGGAUUUCAUCUACGUCCACUUAUGGUUAUUUACAAUGUUGUUAUGGUAGCAUUUUCAUUUUGGUUGGUGUAUGAAUUCGCUGUAUCAGGCUGGUUGUCUGGAUAUACAUUUGGCUGUCAACUGGUUGAUCGUUCAACAAGACCAAAAGCUAUGCGUAUGGCUAAUGUUUGCUGGCUUUAUUUUAUUACGAAACUUAUUGAACUAUUUGACACUGUAUUAUUUAUUCUUCGAAAAAAAUUUGAAUUAGUCAGCUUUCUGCAUGUAUUCCAUCAUUCAAUGAUGCCUAUAUCAUGGUGGUUUGGUGUAAAAUAUGUUCCAGGUGGUAUAGGAACUUUUCAUGCAUUUCUGAACAGUAUUAUUCAUUUCUUCAUGUAUACUUAUUAUGGUUUAGCGGCAGCUGGACCUCGUUUUCAACGUUAUCUGUGGUGGAAAAAGUAUAUGACUACAGCUCAGAUAGUUCAAUUCAUCAUUGUGAUUUUUCAUUCCGUCUACACUCUGUCGUUAAGAGACUGUGAUUAUCCAAAGUUAUUCAACUACUGGAUUUUAUCGUCUGCAUUGAUUUUCCUAUUUCUAUUCGCUAAAUUCUACUCAAAGACAUACAAGAAGCCAAUCCAUUCAACGAGUCAAGACACGCUUGAAAGCAAAUACAAUCAUAAAAUUCACUCGUUGAAAUCUGAUUAACUGAAAUUUUUGAGAUAAAUAAUCCUUCAAAUUGUGUUAUUCCUUCAACUUCUUCUUCUUCUUCUGUUUGUAUACGAGUGUAUACAUCAAAGUUUUAUUUAGAAGAGGCAUCUCAUUUACUGUGUAAUAAAAAAUGGAUGAAAUAAACCGAAAAGGAAACGACACAACCACAACAACAACAACUACUACUACAACGAGUUUCUGCUGCAUUGUCUAGUUAUCUUUCUUCCACUCUCUCUCUCUCUCUCACUGUCUUUCGUCAUUCCUUUGUGCUUUAUCUUCACAUUCUACUGCAUUUUCAUUGCUACUGUCUUCUUCUUCGUCUCCUCAUCCUUCUGCCCCACCGGUUUCGUGUUCAUCUUGCUUUACUGCACCAUAUAAUCAUCAUCUUUAUGUAUCCUUGUCAUCAACUCAAUGUAUUAUCUAUGUGUAUGCAACAGUUUAAUGCCAUUCUUGUCCAUUAAAAGAAAUAUGCUUACUACCUAUUUGGUUAAUUAUUAAUACUAUCAUUAUUAUUGUUAUAUUUUGUGUGUAUUGAUAUAAAUUAUUCUAUUGAAUGAAUUUGAACUGAAUAAAAAUGCCCAUUAAAAUUUUCAAAAGAAUGGAUACUGAACAAAGAGUACUCUUUUCGGUAACCCCUUCAUCAUCAGGCUCUACAGUUAUAUAUACAUUAUAGUGAAUGAAUGAAUUAGUGUUAUGAGCAACAUUAAUGUUGCUGUUUAAAUAACAUCGAAUCAAU